AUGGUAACGGAAGGAUCUGAUAAAAUGAUAACCAAUAAAAAACUUGAUAUUCCGGAAAAAAAUUCCAAAGAAGAUGCCAACAAAAUUGAACAAAAUUUGGCAUCGAAACCAGUCGGUGACUGCUUUGAAGUUAUUGAUGGAUUUAUUCUGAAAGGUACUGCUGGCGGACUUGAACAAGAUGUGACACUGGAGGAAUGUCAAUGUUAUUGCGCUAAUAGCAGAAGCAAUGAACGCUACUCUUUUCAAUGUGUUUCGGCAACUUAUUAUCACAACGAACGUGAUUGCAUCUUGAAUUUACAAACAAGAAAUGAUUCUCCAGACCAAUUUCAAUUGCAGGACAAUGUCAGUUAUCUGGGAAUGAUUUGUUCAGUAGAAGAAUCAAAGGAACGAUUAGUGAAUAAUAAUUUUAUUCAUGGUUGUAGACAAACUGCUAGCAUUUCAACUUCAACAACAAUACCAGAAAAAAUUUUCAUGCCAGUAAAUACGGAUAGUUGCUUUGUUGAAAUGCCAAAUCAUGUACUACAUGGUACAGCAUUUGCUGCAGAAACUAAUGUAUCUGUAGAUGCAUGUAAGUGUUACUGUAUGAAUGCUGAAAAUCGAUACGGUAUCGAAUGUAACAGUAUCGAGUACUACUUUGAUUCCAGGACAUGCUUACUAAGUAAUUUGAGCAGAUCCAAAAAUUUUAAUCAUUCUAUUGUUUACACACUAAUGCAUAGCUAUUUCGAUAAAAGUUGUUUCACUGGAAGUGAUAAAUUUCCAAUUUAUAUGAAAGAAAAUUGUUUAUCCACAAUGAAUUUGAUAUUAAAGGAUGAAAAUUUAUCAUUAAAUUUUCGAUCUGAAAAUGACAACAAUAGAAAUACUACUUUACACAACGAUGAGACGACAAAUAUUUAUGAUAGCAGUGACAAUAUUGAUUUGAGUAGUAGUAGUAUGAUUUUAUCAACAAAUCCUUCUCAUUCUAUUCAAUAUACUACUCCUCAAUCAACUUAUUAUGAUCCUUCAGAAGAAAAUGAGUUGCAAAAUCAUGAUCUGACGACAACUUAUGUGACAACCACAAUGUCAACAAAUGAUUUUACAACUAUUUCGGAUUCAUUUACAGAGCAUAGCGAUACGAUUGUUACUACAACACAAACUGAAAUGGAUUAUACUAUUUCUAAUGAAACAUUAGAAACUACGUCACCUGUAGAAAUUAUCAAAUAUUCUCAUCAUGGCAAAUGUAUCUAUUCUGCCAUCUAUCAAACAUCUUUUCGCGGUGCUAAAUUAAUCAAAAGAUUUCUAGUUUCCAGUCCACAACAAUGCUUUUAUGGAUGUCAUUUUGAGGGUUGUCGAUCAUCAAAUCUUCUUCAGGUUGAUAAUCAAACAUAUUCUUGUGAAUUAUUCAGUGAUGCUUUAAUUGAUUAUCGUACGGCCGAUGUAUUGGUGUAUGAUAGUGGUAGCGUAUAUUUCGAUGGUAUUAAAUGCACCAUGAAACGUCCAAAAGUAGUUAAAAGUAGUAAUAGUGAAAGUAAUCGUAGUAGUACUGAUAAUGAAGAUUAUGGUGAUAAUAAUUGA